GGGUGGCCUCAACAGGAAAAGGGCCGGUUUAACUGCGGUCCGCCUGCGAGUCGUGCAUGUUAUUCCCAACAUGAGUGAUUCAGGACCUGACAGAGAUAUCAGCAGAAAUGACAGUGAAGUGAAAGAAGGCACAUUCUGGUUGGCAAGAAAUGUCCUUUUGAGAUAUCUUGGAUUUAUUUACUUUUGGGCAUUUCUCAUUGCCUUGCAUCAGAACAAACGGUUGUUUGGAAAAGAAGGCUUUCUCCCAAACAAUGCCAGUGCAGAUCUUGGAUACAUCAUCAACAGACUUGCAAACGCAGAUCGAGAGGGUGUUAUUAACGUUCCAAAAAUCGUCUACUGGUUUUUCAAGGACAACAAGCAAGAUGAGAAUACUCUUGUUUUUAUCACGCAUGUCGGCUUGGCUCUGUCUCUGUCCCUCAUCAUUAGAGGAGCAGCAAAUUGGGUUUUGAUGUUGUGUCUGUGGACCAUAUACCAUUUACUUGUUGACGCCGGACUGCAGUGGUAUAGCUUUGGUUGGGAGUUUCAGCUUCUAGAGACUGGAUUCCUGGCUACAUUCCUGUGCCCUGUGUGGAGCCUGAGACAACCACCGACAUCUCGCGCUGUCAUCCGGGGGUUCAAAUGGAUGUUUUUCCGCAUAAUGUGGUUUUUGACUUACGACAAAUUCCGGAGAGAUCUUGUUAUUUGCUCUACAUAUUUCACUUGCAUGAAUUAUCAUUAUCAGACCAGGCCAUUGAGUGACAACAGUGACAGUCGAGAGAUGAGGCUGAGCCAGCUUGCUAUCUACCAUGUGUUUGCUCCAUGCUUCCUGAUAUUGGGGCGCAGAAUGACCAUCAUUGCAGGAGCAAUAGGCAUAUAUUCUCAGGUUUCGUUAAUUUACAGUGGAGACCUGAGUCUGUUCAACUGGUUAAACAUUGUUCCCUGUUUGGCAUGUUUUGAUGAUCGGAGUGUAAGUUGGCUGCUGCCCGGGCGUUUGAGGAGGCAGAUAGCCUACAAGCAAGAGCUCAGGCAGACAGAGGGUCUUAAAACGUUCAACCUCUGUUUGGGACUCUUCAUUGCCUUGCGGGGUAUUCAAGUUUUAAUCAGACUAAAUGAAGAUAUGCAUUUGAUGAACGAAAAAAAACAAUGAGUAGCUACUGACUUAACCCUUUAACUCAAGCUUCAUAUAUUCAUCCAAGUGUAUAAGUAUUUGUAUGUGUCACAACUAUACAGAGGACCCUACAGCUGUUUCCUGUGGUAGUAGUGCCAGGAACUAGCUGGAACUCUUUUACUGGAUCUUCGUAAAUGAACAAGAGUUUGUGACUUUAAGAAUGUAAGAAGCAGAUAGAAAGAAUCAAAUGUUGUAUAUUUUCUGUGAGCUGUGGGAAACGAAUAUCCAAAUGUGACGCCCCAAGCACAGAUACAUUGCACGGAGCAUAUGAUCAAUUGAACUUCCAUAUUAGAUGAUAAGACAGCGGUUAAUUAAGUGUGACUUCUCUGGAUUGUAAAUCAACAGGAUAGUUGUCGUUGUUCAUUAGUACUUAUUGUUUUGUUUGUUCCGUCACAUGAAAACGACCAAAUACAUCCCUUUCGUUACGACGGUUGGCUGGAAUGUUCUGAGCCAAAUUACAAAGGGCGUAUAGUACACCCCUAACAGUUUGCAUGUAUAAGUAUAGUGGACUCAAAUUCGGAUAUCCGUGAAAAUCGGACCUUUUCUCCGGUCGCCUCAGUUCCUCAAUACAUUAUCAUUUCUCACACUGAUCUACAAUUCUCUCAUUCGGAUUUUUACACUUCGGACGAGGGACUAAAAUUUCGGUCUCAACAACCAAUUUACUAUUGAAAAGAAGCUGUCUGAAUCAGACUGGACCAGACCGGACCGGACCGGACCGGAUGUUCUCUCACUUUGAACUAAACUCAGUCACUGUCAGAUAAAACAUCAAUGCUAAUCCUGCAUGUAAUCCUAUUGUUGUCCGCUUCGUUAAUAGAAUUUACUCACCUGUUAAUGAGAAACUCUUAAUUCUUAGAUUAACUCAGUGUCGUUAGCAUGUCCAUAAUAAUGGUAAACAAUAUUUUCCAUGUCAACUUUAUAGGGGAUAAUGUUCCUUCCUUUGGCACUGUUAUGAAUUGGACGCGAAGCUCAACGGGAAGAGAGAGCCUCGAAGAUGAUCCAAGAUCAGUAAGACCUUCAAGUGCCUCCACUACGGAACAUGUUUAUAAAAUACAUGACAUGAUAAUGGAUGAUCGACAGACUCACCAUACGUCACGAAGCCAAUAUAGUAGAAAUCUCUCAAGAGAGAGUUAAUUCUGAGGAAUAAACUGGGCAUGACAAAGGUUUCAACGCACUGGACUCCAAGACUCAGAAACAAUACCAGAAACGCUCCAGGUUCAUCAUAUGUAGUGAGAAUCUAAGUUUUCAAGCAGACCCUGCUGAAUUAUUGAGUGAUUUGUAACUGUCGAUGAUCUUUGGGUUGAGCACUAUCAGACAGGCUAAACAAGAGUCAAAGCAGCGGAAACAUCAAAGGAAACAUUCCAAAAGAAUCCUACUGGUAGUCUACCUCCUGAAAUGCCAGACCAUCCAUGGCCAAUAUGCUAAUCUGCUUAUGGGGCUACUGCAUGAGAACAUCAAGGCUAUGCUUGACCUGCAACUAUAAGUUUAUUGUUCCACCAGGACACUUUACAUCCCCAUUACUUUCACCAGAUUUUCCACAGUAAUAUAUGAUAAUUCCACCUCUUCCACAACUGGAAGAAAGAACAGCCAUAUACCAACUGUAUGACGGAGACCUGUUAACAAUCGAGCCUGGACCAGACAAUCCGGUGAUUGUUACUGUGAGCAACGAUCAACGCAGUCGGGGUACGUCGUCACAUAACGGACCGAACUAAGCCUCAUAACCCGAUCCUUGUAAUCACCCCUUACAACCAGCAUAGGAGACCCACGAGAUGUAUGUCUACAGUGUCACAUACAGAAAUAUCGACCAAACAUAUCCUACGACCAUUGAUAUCACAUACAGAGAUAACGAUAAAAACAUUAACAACGACCAUUGAUAACACAUACUGAGAUGACGAUAAAAACAUUUACAACAACCAUUGAUAUCGCAUACAGAGAUAACGACCAAAACAUAUAUCCAACGACCAUUGAUAUCACAUAAAGAGAUAACGAUAAAAACAUAUAUCCAACGACCAUUGAUAUCACAUACAGAGACAACCAACGAUUAAAACAUAUACAACCACUAUUGAUAUCGCAUACAGAGAUAACGACCCAAAUAUAGCCAACGACCAUUGAUAUCACAUACAGAUAUAACGAUAAAAACAUCUCCAACGACCAUUGAUAUCACAUACAGAGAUAAAGACCAAAACAUAUCCAACGACCUUUUAUAUCACAUACAGAGAUAACGAUAAUAUAUACUGAACCGC